AUGCACGACAACGAAGAUGUCGAGAUUGAUGUCGUUGCUCUCUCACCGGCACCAUCACAAAGUUCCUGUAACAGCGCUCAGAACGAAAAGAAGUACUUCUGUCAGCGCUGUCUGAAUCAUGACCUCCAAUUCCCGAGAAAGGGACACAAGCCCGUACGCCAGUUGUACAUGCAGCGACUGCAUUAUGGUCGAGCAACGGCGCCAACUGAACAACAUGCUCAGCAAGUCCAAAGUGAGUUCAGGAUUGAUGUGACCCUUGAGAAGAUGUCCUCAUCAAGUGGCCAGUUGCAGAUGGUCGAGUCGCCCAGAGAGACGGUGAACGGGCGUCGAAUUCGUGACCCGCAAUGCGCUCGAUGUCGCCAGCACGGAAUUCGAGUUCCGCUCAGAGGCCACAAAAGAGUUCUGUGUCAAUUUGCAAACUGCAAAUGCGAAAUGGUAAGUUGCUCUAAUCCCUAUGUGAUUUGGCUUCAAGAUAGUUCCAUAAGAAGUGUUUUCCGAUCAUAA